AUGGAUUCCCCCUCGCAUCCCCUCACCGAUCGCUCCACCAACACGCAUCUGCCUGUUAACGUCGACAAGGCUCAAGAGCUCAAGAACGCGCCCGCCAACAUGAACUCCAUGGAAUACCAUCGUGCAGUGCUGCAAGGGAAAUUGGAGAGCGGUGACAAACAACCCGCCAACUACGUUUCUCCUUCGGAUGACAUUAUGAGCCCCUGCUCGAAGAAACUGAGCGACCUGAAGGGCAAGCGCUUCAAGAACGCCGGAAAGCCCCAGUCGCUGUUCGCCAAACUGGGCAAGAAGAACUUCGAGCAGUCAUCGGCCGAGCAUGGGCAUCCCACGAAGAGCAGCGACGCAAGCUCGUGA